UUGAAAACAGACAGAUAAAAAAAACAUAAAUGAAAAAAAUUAGUGGUAUGUAAUUUUUGUUGAAAAUAAAUUAAUUUAAUUACAAGUUGUAAGUUUAAAAUGAUUCCAUAAGGCUUAGGGAUGUGCAUCGAUUGCUAUGAUGCAACGAGAUGAUAAGUCGCACCCUGCAUGUUGUGUUCGAACUGUAGAAGUGGUCCAGUGACUAUAUUGUUGCCUUGUCCGGCGUAAGGUUCAGCUAACGACAACCGUGCGUCUUUCCUUCCCGUAUGGCUGCAUAUGUUAACCGCUCGAUAUCCAUGAUGGCUGGCGACGGGCCCCACAACGUUGCGACGCUCAACAACGGCUCCGUGCGCGUCAACAUGUCCAAUGUGGACUCUCCGCUCCAGAUAUUUGUGAGGGCUAAGAAGAAGAUCAAUGAUAUUUUCAUAGAAAUUGAUGACUAUGUUAAAGAUGCUGUCACAUUUAUGCAUGCAGUGUCAGGCGAGAAAGGCAUCGCGACGCCGCAGGACGUCGCCAAUGUGGAGGCCUACGUCAGCAAGGUGCAAGCCAUCAGGGAGGUCCUCAAGCGAGAUCACAUGAAGGUCGCUUUCUUCGGCAGGACGAGUAACGGCAAGAGCACGGUGAUAAACGCCAUGCUGCACGACAAGAUCCUGCCGAGCGGCAUCGGGCACACCACCAACUGCUUCCUGCAGGUCGAGGGCUCCGACACCGACGACGCCUUCCUCAGGACCGAGGGCUCCGAGGAGAAGCAGAAUGUACAGUCGGUGAGCCAACUAGGGCACGCGUUGUGCGCGUCACGACUGCAAGAAUGCUCGCUGGUGCACGUGUACUGGCCGCGCGAGUUAUGCGCGCUGCUGCGCGAUGACGUCGUGCUGGUGGACUCGCCCGGCGUCGACGUCACGCCCAACCUCGACGAGUGGAUCGACCAGUACUGCCUGGACGCGGACGUGUUUGUGCUGGUCGCUAACGCGGAGUCUACGCUCAUGGUCACCGUGAGUAUAACUUACUUCACUUGCUCGCGGGUGCACGUGCACUGGCCGCGCGGUGACGUCGUGCUGGUGGACUCGCCCGGCGUCGACGUCACGCCCAACCUCGACGAGUGGAUCGACCAGUACUGCCUGGACGCGGACGUGUUUGUGCUGGUCGCUAACGCGGAGUCUACGCUCAUGGUCACCGAAAAGAAUUUCUUUCACAAAGUGUCGACGAAGAUAUCACAGCCGAAUAUAUUUAUACUGAACAAUCGAUGGGACGCCUCCGCAUCCGAACCAGAAUACUUGGAACAGGUGCGCACGCAGCACGCAAAUCGCUGCGUGGACUUCCUGUCGCGCGAACUACGCGUGUGCUCGCCCAAGGAGGCGGAGGAGCGCAUCUUCUUCAUCUCCGCCAAGGAGGCGCUGCUCACGCGCAUGCGCGAGCGCGAGAAGCCCGUCUCCUCGCCAAUCCUUGCCGAAGGACACCAAGUCCGCUACUUCGAGUUCGUGGACUUCGAGCGCAAGUUCGAGGAGUGCAUCAGCCAGUCCGCCGUGCGCACCAAGUUCGCGCAGCACUCGCGCCGAGGGAAGAACAUCGCUGCUGACGUACAGGGCGCGCUCGAGCAGGUGUACAACAGCGCGACGGACCGCAAGGCGUCGAUGGUGGAGAAGCAGCGCGUGCUGCACGAGCAGCUGUCGGCCAUCGAGGAGCAACUCACCACCAUCACGCGCCAGAUGAAGGACAAGAUCAACCGCAUGGUCGAGAGCGUCGAGCACAAGGUGUCGCUGACGCUGAGCCAAGAGAUCCGUCGCCUAUCAGCGCUGGUAGACGAGUACUCGACGCCGUUCCGCAGCGAGCGCGCGGCGCUCGAGGCGUACAAGCGCGCGCUGCACCGCCACGUGGAGGCCGGGCUGGGCCAGCGCCUCAAGAAGCGCCUGUCCACCGACAUCGGCCACGAGAUGGACGAGGCGCAGAAGGAGAUGGCUGGUAUGUCGCGCUACUGUAGUACCGCGCUAGUGGACUAGUACUCGACAGU